GUCUGCUCACUAUCGCAUGCUGGAGCGUAAGAUGGAGGCGGAAAAUUGUUUGUCUUUCUCCUCGCAGGCGAGCAGGCCGACGCCGGAGAACUCUCCGGGUGUGGAGCACGGACACGGCUCUAGCCCCUUCCUCCCUUGCGACGAGCUGCAGAAAGGGUCGCACCUUCCUCUGCCCCACCGGCUCAGCCUUCGCGGGGAUUUCUACACUUCUUCCAUGGCGAGGUUUAACGACUCCCCCGCGGACUUUACGCACGGCGCGGCCCCGGCCAACCCGCGCGCCUCACCGUCCAAACACAGCAAGUUCCUGGACAAUAUAAACCAGGACCAGAAGGGCUUAGUGAUAAGCGGGAAGACGUCGUUUUACGACAACUCGGAAGAUGUGAGAGAAAAAGUGUCUCCAAAAACCAUGGGCUACCCUGGGAUUGGCUCAGACUGUUGUGCAAAGCUGAAAGAGCCGACCAAUGGCAUCCAGGGGGAUUCUAUCGCUGACUCCAUUGACCUAUCCGGCAAGAACAAGAAGCGACGCAACCGCACCACGUUCAGCACCUUUCAGCUGGAGGAGCUUGAGAAGGUGUUUCAGAAGACACACUACCCGGACGUGUACGCCCGAGAGCAGCUGGCCCUGAGGACUGAGCUCACCGAGGCUCGAGUACAGGUGUGGUUCCAGAAUCGCAGAGCCAAGUGGAGGAAACGAGAACGUUAUGGGAAGAUCCAGGAGGUGCGCAACCACUUUGCUGCUACUUAUGAUAUCUCUCUCCUCCCCCGACACGACACAUACCAGAUGCAGAGCAACCUGUGGCCGGGGGCAACUACAGGGGGAGGCAGCGGCUCUAGCGGGGGCUGUGUCCUGGGUGGUGACUCCAUGCCCUCAUCCUGUAUGAGUCCCUACUCCCACCCACACAGUAACCUGCCUGGUUUCAUGGGCAUGCCCGCAUCGUCCAACCACCCCCACCACCAUCACCACCACCACCACCACCACCCAACACACCAUCCAGGGAUCAAUGGCCUCUACUCGCUCCACAGCUUCCCAGGGGGGCUCGGGCCCCCUUCCUUUGAGCCGGGACCCGAAACUGACUACAAGCCUGCGGGCCUUGUGGCACUGCGGAUGAAAGCUAAGGAGCCGGGUAGCCUUCUGUCCUGGCCUACAUGA